AUGCCGAUGCCGAUGCCGAUGUCGACGCCAAUACCGAUGACACCGACACAGGCGGCCUUCCAGCGAGCCAAACUGUCGGCGUCGACGAUCAACGUGCGACACGUCGAUCCAGAGGACGUAUACGACGAUCGCGAGAGCUACAACGACGACGGCAGCAGCCGGUCGCAGUCGCAGCAGUCGGAGCACAGCAGCCGACAGGGCUUUUUUGCACAGCAGCACCAGCAAGCAGCGGCAGCGUACCGGGCGUCACGUGAGCGACUGGCGAUGGCAUCGGCGUCGACGUCGACAGCCACGUCGUAUUCGGCUGGUGGGUCGGUUCGGCAGAUCUCCAACACGUCGACCAACACGUCGGCAACAGUGUCGGGAUCAGAGAACUGGGAGACGUACGACGACGACAACUCGGAGCCAGAACCGGACGUGUCGGAGGAAUACUACGCGCGCAUGCGGGCGGCUCGUGGCAAGCGGCUGUCGGACGAUUACGAGCUGGACAGCCGGCAGACGAUGCCGUCGAUGGCUGGGAGCAGUGGAGCCGGUGCUGCCAGCAGCGGAGGCGAUGCAAGUGGUGGCGGCAGCAUGGCCAAGCGCGUCCGGGGCAUUCCUCCGGCCGGCGGCCUCGACGCGACGCGGCGAGAGGGAUUGGAAGAAUCCUUGCCAGUGACCAUCUACACGACGGCGACGCCAGACGCACAGCACGCGGCGGCAGCGGCCGCAGCGCUGCAGGGCGCGGCGCUGGCCUUUAGCCACGGGGUGCGACGAGCGGCAGCGACGCCGCCAGACCUGCCGCCGCGGCCGGCACCACCACCAGCACGACAGCAGCGACACGACAGCCACAGCCGGAGCAGCCGCAGCCGGUCCGGCAGCACCGGGCGGGAGCAGGACGGGCCUUCGCUGUCGCUGUCACCGGAACGGCAUGACCGGUCAGCAUCGUUUCUGGCGGCCAAGCUGGCGGCCAGCCGAUCAGUCACGACCGGAACGAAUCUAGGCGACAUAGGUCAGACCCGGGCGGCCCUGGGCAGUCCUGCCGGCAGCUCGGCCGCAGCACUGCUGGCGUCGGGAGCAGCUGGCGACGCGGAGAGGCGCAGGACGGCGGCAGCAGCAACGGCCGAGCGAGCCGAGAAGACGGGCGAGAAGACGGCAGGACAGGCAGCAACAGCAGCAGCAGAGAAGGCAAAAAGGGAGAGGAUAGAUCGGGUGAAACGAAAACCACUGCCAUGUCCUCGGGCAGAAUCGUUGGACCGCUACAACGUCUCGCGAGUCAAGUCCUCCAGCCAAUCUGCCAGCCAAUCGACCAUCAGUUUGACGCUCUCGGCUCCCGACAUUACGACUCCCACUACAGCCAUCCCGUCGACCUCGACGCUGAUCCACAGGUUGGAGGCCAGCGACGACGGCAACACCAACACGCACAACACGCACAACAAGUCUACGCCGCCACCACUGCCGCCACGACAGCCGGCGCGACCAUCGACGGCAGUGAUCUCGGCCGCCAUACAGCAACGAGACGGCGUGCAGCUCCAGUCGUCGCGGCUGCCAGCCAGCAGUCCGUCGUCAUCGUCGUCCUUCUCGACGUCGUCGUCGGCCCUCGACAACCUGGCCAGUGCCAUUGUGGCCGGAUCGGUGGCCACGGCCCGCCAUCCGGUCACGCCGUCCACACGCACGACGUCGACUUCGCCGCGGCCACCGCCACCGCGGCCACCACCACCGCGAGGGUCGUUCUCGCGCGACAUCCGGCUCACAGCAACCCGCACCGGCGGCUCCACAAGCACGACAGCAGCCACGUCAGCCAUGCCGCAGACGCUGCGGCCGGAGCGGUCGCACUCGGACACGGAGGACAGCCGGCAAGAGCGCGACCGACGCGGACGACUGCUGCCGCUGCACCACCACCACCACCUCCACCGGCCACCGGUGCCGCUGGUAGGCGGCGGCAAGCACAAGCACAAGCACCAUGAGGGAUCGCGGCGACGAUGGCGCGAGCAGAUCACGGAGCGGCAGCGACGACGAUACGAGGCGCUGUGGGCGAGCAACCGGGGACUACAAGGGUUUGAUGCCAGUAGCAGCAGCCCGCUGCAAGACCAGGACCAGCAUCCGGACGACGUGCCCAACGUGGUGGUGCGCGACCUGUGGCAACGCAGCCGGCUGCCGGCCGACGAGCUGGCCGAGGUGUGGGAUCUGGUGGAUCGCAACGGAGACGGCCGGCUGGCCAAGGAAGAGUUUGUGGUCGGCCUGUGGCUGAUCGACCAGCGGCUGCGCGGCCGCAAGAUCCCGCCACGUGUGAGCGACAGCGUCUGGGGCAGCACGCGGGGGAUGAAGCCGACGGUGAAUCCGGGGAAGAAGUAG